AUGAUUCUGAACAAGCUCUCGGGGCGACGCCGACAGCUUUUUCGUUCAUCACAGCAUGUUCUCCUCUCCUCCCAGAUCCUCGUUGAACUAUCUGACGUGAUCCCAUGCACAUCAAACGAACUUCCCAGAGAACUGCCGGAUACACCGACGGAGCGCACUCGAUACAAGCUUCCCACGGAGAGUGCCGCAGCCGCGCGAGAAACAAGUCCGGGGUGCGCAAUAUGCAUCAAUGGAACCGUCUACGGCGACAGAAAUAGUACAGACGAUUAUUCCGACAAACUACUUCCACUGCUCCUCAGGCGGAUAGAGGAACCAGGUGAUGGCGUCUCGUUUCGGAAGGGCGCAUCUAUUCGUGAAACGACAUUCGCAUCGUUGUCGCUGCAACUGCACAAGUCCUACUGGAUGUUGCACUUCGGCAACUGCGAACACUACUUUCUGAUCGAUCAAAUCAGACUCCUGCAUGCUUCCGAUCCGCCGCCCUCGGCAUAUCCGCUCACAACUCACAUCACACCGCCACUCCUCGACCUCUGUCGCGCAUGCAGCAAGGUGCCUGCUGUGUAUGCGAUCGACGGCGACAUAUUCGGCGAGACGCUGUUCGUGAAAUGCGGGCCUUGCUGA